UGAGUGACCACGCUAACGAAAGGAUAGAUCACAAGUGGAUUGCCUGGUUCAGGAUUUUGGAAUACCUCAGACGCACAUCAAAUACAAAAAAAUAAUGAGUUUGAAUAAAGGUGAGAAAUUGCGGAACAUGGACAAAAGGAGCGGGAGCAUGCCGUUUCCCAUGCACCUGCAGAACCUGCACAGAAGAAGCAUGCUGGUGGACGACCGCGAGAUGCGCAAAGCGCAAACUGGAGAUCUGUCCAACGUCAUGCGCUACAGCUGUGUAUCUGACUCGUCCGAUUCCGUUAUCUCCUCCGGCAGCGACUGGUUCGCCUCGGCGAGCAGGGUGUCGGAAAGCCUGGCACGUAUUUUCGGUGGAGUCGAGGAUGGUCACGACUGCGACGAGACAGGAAACACAUAUGACAGAUCGAUCGAAGUGGACGCGGAGGAGGUGUCCAUCUUGUUGUACGACAUUUGGGAACAGGAUAACAGUCAGUGGCUGAAGGAACAGUGCAUGAGGAUAGGUGACGCCUACAUUAUCGUCUACUCAGUGACAGACAAGUCCAGCUUUGAGAAGGCGUCAGAGCUACGCAGCCAGCUACGCAGAGCUCGCCAGUCUGAGAACAUUCCCAUCAUCCUUGUGGGUAAUAAGAGCGAUCUGGUGCGGUCCAGAGAAGUCUCUGUGGAUGAGGGCAGCGCCUGCGCUGUGGUGUUUGACUGCAAGUUCAUCGAGACCUCAGCCAAUCUCCACCACAAUGUCAGGGACCUGUUCGAGGGCAUCGUCCGGCAGAUCCGACUGCGCAAAAACAGCAAGGAGGAGAACGCUCGCCGUAUGGGCAAAUGCAAACGACGCGAGAGCAUCGGUAAGAUGGUCAAGCGUUUCCUGGGCCGUAUGGUGGCCCGGAAGAACAAGAAGAUGGCCUUCAGACAGAAGUCCAAGUCCUGCCAUGACCUUUCGGUCCUCUGAGAGUACAGUAUCUGGACUGCUGUUUCCUCUUUGGCCUUCAAGACCAGACGCUGUGUGUUUUUAACACUAACCCCAAGGACUGAUAGAGCUGUACAGAAAUUAUAUAUUUUAUUAUAUUAAUUAAAUACAACAGACAUAUCCAUGAUAAUGAUCUGGCUUUUGAAGUUUCAUUAUUAAAUUUUUUUGUCUGCCUUA